CGGGAUAAUUAAUUCUCAGGGUUUUAGAGGUAUAACCGCCACACACAUUGCUCCGGAUGGCAACGAUUUGGUAACUCUGUACGCAUAAUCAAUGGCCGAUGUAAAGGAUUGGGGCUUGGAAGCCCUCGAGAAGCUGAAGUCGACUGAACCACCAGUUUUUCUAGCGCCGAGCUCGAUAUCGGAGGUGGCUCGCGUUGCAUCUCAGUAUCUCUCCACUAGGUUGAAGCCUCACAACCUCAAAUCUCCUUUUGAGGAGCUCUUGGUUGAUGGUUUUGACGCGGAGCAGAUUUGGCAGCAGAUUGAUAUGCAGUCUCUGCCUUUGUUGUCGAGCUUGCGGCAUGAGGUUAAGCGAUUUGCUAAAAACCCUCGAGAGGUUCGUAGAAUAGGAAACUUGGCCCUCCGGGAUUCUCAGGAGGAUGGAUUGGAUAUGGAUGGGAUUGACUCUGAUGAUGGGGAUGACGAUGAUGAGGUAGAAGCUAACGAAAGUGAAGAAGAAGAUGAAGAUGAAGAAGAGGAAGAGGAAGAGGAGGAGGAUGAAGAGAAUGAAGGAAUAGAGGACAGGUUCUUCAAGAUCAAAGAUUUGGAGGAUUUUUUAGAGGAGGGUGAAGCUCUAGAGUAUGGCUUCGACUCCAAAAACAAUAAAGCUAUGUCAAACGGAAAGCAGCAAAAUUUGAGCGAUGAUGAUGAUGUUGAUGAAGACCAAGAAGAUGAUGAGGAUGAUGAAGAAGAUGAGGAGUUUGGUGCUUUUGCUGGUGAAGACAACGAAGAGUCAGACAAAUUGGGAAUGGCCAGGUAUGAGGAUUUCUUUGGUGGUAAAAAGAAGGAACCAAAAAUGAUGAUGAAAGAUGUCAUGGAAGAUGAGGAAGCUGGAGAUGUAAACCAAGGCAAUGGAAAACUCUCUACCCAUGAGAAAGAACUACUAAAGCUUCAAUCCAAGAUUGAUCAGAUGGAGAAAGCAAACUUAGAUCCCAAACACUGGACUAUGCAGGGAGAGGUAACUGCUACAAAGAGGCCAAAGAAUAGUGCUUUAGAAGUUGAUUUAGAUUUUGAGCACAAUGCCAGACCUCCUCCUGUAAUCACAGAAGAGGUCACUGCCUCACUUGAGGAUAUGAUCAAGAGCCGAAUCAUUGAGGCUCGUUUUGAUGAUGUGCAACGAGCACCUAGUCUGCCCACUAAAUCCAAAAGAGAAGCCAGGGAAUUGGACGAUAGUAAAAGCAAGAAAGGUCUUGCCGAAGUUUACGAGGAAGAAUACGUUCAGAAGUCUAAUCCGUUAUUUGCUCCAGCAACUUUCUCUGAUGAACUGAAGAAAGAGGCAAGCAUGCUAUUCAAGAAACUAUGCCUGAAGUUGGAUGCUCUCUCCCACUUCCAUUUUACACCUAAACCAGUAAUAGAAGAAAUGUCAAUACAGACAAACGUCCCAGCAAUAGCAAUGGAAGAGGUUGCGCCUGUGGCAGUGUCAGAUGCAGCAAUGCUUGCUCCAGAGGAAAUAUUUUCGGGGACAGGCAAAAUAAAGGAAGAGUCAGAGCUUACACAGGAAGAGAGAAAGAGGCGGAGAGCUAAUAAGAAGAGAAAGUUCAAAGCUGAAUCUGCAAAACAACCUGUGAAGAAGGCGCGUGAUACUACUAGUACAGAGAUGUCUAAAACUGGCAAUGAAUAACGGUGAAAGAGAGGAGAGGGGUGUUACAGAGGCAGAAGAGUUGAGUGGAGACAAAUCUACUAAACACAGGACUGCUUCAAGAUUAGAUGAUACCAACAACAGUUUAGCAUGUUAGAAGUAUUUAAAUUUUGUUCUUAAGGGUUUAACGCCUAUAAUUUUGUUCGGAUCAGUUAUUAGGCUUCUUUUUUUUUUAAUUGACCAUGAUGAAUUUUGUGUGUUCAUUUGUUUGAAAUGUUAGUUUUUAUCUUGUUUUUCUUUAGCA